UUUGAUUUUUUUUCUUCAUGUUCAGUAUGUUCCAUCGUGUUGGUGAAGUCCAUGCCGUUCAGACAGGUAAGGGACGAUUUCCUGUUCGCACCUUGCGUUGGAAGAAGUGUUGUCUCAAUUUAGUCAUAUCUUCUUCCAUGGGGGGAAGGCAGUGCCGCUCCUUCCUCGGGAAUCCAUGCCUGUACUCGUCUAGUCUUGCCGCCGGCUUCGGCUUCACUUUCUAGCCAGCCAAAUAAAGCCGUUGCGCCCUUGGGUUGACAAGCACGGCGCAACUUCCUGCGUCCUUUUUUUUUUUCCUUUCUUGUAAAGCGAUAUAAGGGAGCGCGGCUUUGCUCGAAACCGCUCGUUUUCGUCCUCUCUUCUUUUCUCGUCUAGAAUCCACCAUCGCAUCAUCCAACCCAACUUCCCAGCGUUCAUGUCGGAAUGGGAUCCAAGACACCCGAAGAGCAGAUUCCUGGAGGCAAUGGCGGACCGCUGUCAGCCGGCCCUUUUUCCAGCGGCGGCGAGCCGCGUGGCGCGCAUCUCUCCCGCGAUGGGGAUGGUAGCCUUGGGAACCAGGGCGACGACGACGACGCUGACGAUGACGAUGUUAGCUCCAGACCGUUGACGGCAGAUGCCGAGAAGAAGAAGAAAAAGAAAAAGCCGAAGAAGAAGAAAAAGAAGUCUGCCGCUGCCAAGGAGCAGUCGUCGCCCCCAAGGGUGCCGCUGAGCGACCUCUUCCCUUCAGGGGAAUACCCCGCUGGCGAGGAUCUCGUCGACGACAAAGUUUCUCACCCGGACGCUAACACGGCUCGAUCCACGACCGCGGAGCUGCGGUAUCAGAGUCGCAAGCACCUUGAGGACCCCGCACUCCUCAACGACUACCGCAAGGCCGCCGAGGUGCACCGCCAGGUCCGGCACUGGGUACAGGAAGUCGUCAAGCCUGGCUGGACGCUCCUCGACAUCGCCACCGGCAUCGAGGACGGCGUGCGCUCGCUUCUGGCCAACCAGGGGAUCGAGCCCGGCGACAACCUAAGGUCCGGGAUGGGAUUCCCCACGGGGCUUUGUUUGAACCAUGAGACGGCACACUACACACCGAACCCCGGGCAGCGGGACGUCGUGCUGCAGUACGGGGACGUCAUGAAGGUUGACUACGGCGUGCAGGUCAACGGGUGGAUCGUCGACAGCGCCUUCACCAUGAGUUUCGACCCCACGUACGACAACCUCCUGGCCGCGGCCCGGGACGCAACGAACUCCGGCAUCAAGGCCGCCGGCAUCGACGUCCGCAUCUGCGACGUUAGCGCCGAGAUCCAGGAGGCCAUGGAGAGCUACGAGGUCGAGAUCCGCGGCAAGACGUACCCCGUCAGGGCGGUGCGCAACAUCUGCGCCCACGAUAUCAAGCGCUACCGCAUCCACGGCGGCAAGUCGAUUCCCUUCAUCCGGAACAAUGACCAGACCAAGAUGGAGGAGGGCGAGAUUUUCGCCAUUGAGACGUUCGGCACAACCGGCCGCGGCAAGCUAUACGACGACUUCGGUGUCUACGGAUACGGACUCCGGCACGACGCCCCCGCGCAAGUGAGGUUGCCCUUCGCCUCCGCGAACCGGUUAUAUAAGACGAUCAAGGAACAAUUCGGGAGUAUCGUCUUCUGCCGCCGCUACCUGGACCGUCUUGGUUUGGACCGUUACUUAGCUGGGGUAGGUCUCUCUUCUCCUAUCUCAGGAUAAUCUUCGAGAUAAGGUACCGUACUAAUCGGCUGGUCUACGACAGCUGAAUUCCCUGGUUUCGCAUGGCGUUCUCGAGUCAUACGCGCCGCUCGCGGACAUCAAAGGAUCCUACAGCUCGCAGUUUGAGCACGUAAGUUUGGUCACCGGGCACAAGUUUCCAUAGAAGAUCAAGGAUGCGUAGCUGACUUUUCCCAGACGAUC